AUGUCUGAGAUAGGAAGUACUGAACAUAGUAGUCCUACCGGUAUUAUGCACCAUCAAGGAAAACUCGAUGUAUUUUUAAUUAGAGGAUACCAGCUGAUAUCGAAUGGCGAGGUAUUGAAUCUAUCCGAGUUGUUGAGCAGCUCGAUCAAUGCGAACCAGCAAUCUCCAAUAUCGAUGAAACGGUUGGACAAUAGACAUUUGGAGUAUUUCCAGAAACUCUCACAAUUGUACAACGCACUAGUGUCUGUGGUACCGUUGGAUGAGCAAUCAAGCGUGCCGAAAUCGAACAUAGAGCUCUUCCAGAGGUUUCAGCAGAUCUUGAAGGAGAUUCUUCUCAGCUAUGAGGAGAGCCCUUACAACCGGUACUUUUUAAGGUUGGACGAGCAAAGUUGGAAGAUCAGGGACGAUGUAGAGGACCCAUUGUGGCAGAUCCUUACGUUGAAUAUUGAUAAGGUCUACGAUAGGAAAACCGGAACGAUUGGUCCUUUGCGCCAACGUAAAAGCACGACAACCUCCGCAAGGGAAUCACCUGUGUUGGCCCCGCGAAGAAAAUCUGCCAUCACGUCACCGGGUUUCACACUAGCACAAGUAGACAACAAACUAGAGCAAGUGGGGCGUGGACAAGACCAAGACUACUAUACAAAUAUACAAACAAGCGCACACCAUACGCCCAAUGGUCAAUUUGAGUGGCCCAGUGCCAUGGCAAUCAGUAACAACGUAAGCAAAAUCAUAGAAAAGUCCAACUCCGAGGGCCAAACGACGAGAAAAAGGCCAAGAAUAUACGGAGAUGUAAACUCGAGAGAAGAAGAAGUCGUCGAAGAGUUGCUACAACUCAGGAACCCGCAGGGCACCAACCAUUCCCAACCUACAUCAACAGCUACCGCACCACCAACAGUAGCCCCCAUGAAUUCCCUCGAGGAUAGUCACCAAAAAAAGGGACAGCAGCAUACAACUCCCGACGUAACAAUAAGUGCCUACGAACGGCUACUCAAAGAAAAAGAUCAGCGUAUAUCGAUACUUCAAAAUGACUUGGAGCAGCAACGUAAAGAAAUUAUCUGGUUAAAGAAGCUUUUAAUGGAAGACAUGAAGUACCUGCGCUCAUCCUUAAGCGCAAACACCAACAAUCGCUGA